AUGGCAAAGUUUUCGUUAAGAAAUUUCAGAGUAGUUGAAAAUAUCAAUUUGAUUGAGAUGAUAUUCGUUGCUUCCUUCUAAACUCAACAGGUCAAAUGGCAGAGUAUAUUUUUCAAAAAUGUUCAUCAUGAUUGA